AUGGCUAGCCCACCACCCGUCACCGAGGACCAGAACCGCCUUCUCGAGGAGGCAUUGGGGGUGGUGAGGCAGCAGUCGAGUCUGAUGCGCAAAUGCCUAGAGACUCCUGGAAAGCUUAUGGAUGCGCUGAAAUGCGGAUCGACUCUUGUCUCCGAACUCCGAACUCCCAGCCUCGGUCCGAAGCAGUAUUACGAAUUGUACAUGGCCGUCUUUGAUGCGCUGCGACACCUGUCCGUCUACCUAAAGGAGAACCACCCCGUCAACCACCUCGCCGACCUAUACGAACUCGUUCAGUAUGCCGGUAAUAUCGUCCCCCGCUUGUAUCUGAUGAUUACCGUGGGUACAGUCUACAUGUCCGUCGAAGAUGCGCCGGUCAAGGAGAUUAUGAAGGACAUGAUGGAAAUGAGCCGAGGCGUUCAGCACCCGAUCCGUGGCCUGUUUUUGCGAUACUAUCUCUCCGGCCAAGCACGAGAUCAUCUGCCCUCUGGAACUGGCGAUGGCCCAGAGGGUAAUAUGCAGGAUUCGAUCAACUUUGUUUUGACGAAUUUCGUGGAAAUGAACAAGCUCUGGGUUCGGCUUCAGCACCAGGGCCCCUCACGAGAGCGGGAUAGGCGCAUACAAGAACGACGUGAACUAGAGCUGCUCGUCGGUAGUAACAUCGUUCGACUCAGCCAGUUGGUUGAUCUUGAAGGGUACAAGUCCGGUAUCUUGCAAGCGCUUCUAGAACAGGUAGUACAAUGUCGAGAUAUCCUCGCGCAAGAAUAUCUCCUGGAAGUCAUUACAAAGGUCUUCCCAGAUGAGUUCCACCUGCAUACUUUGGACCUUCUAUUAUCUGCCAUCGCCAGACUUAACCCGCACGUGGACAUGAAGAAAAUCGUCAUUGGUCUUAUGGACCGUUUAUCUUCUUAUGCGGCAAGGGAAGCAGACUCGGCAGUAGAGCCAGAAACACAGAAACAAAGCGAGGAAGAAGCUGUCGCCAAGCUAUUGCAAAGGCUCGAGCUUGCCAAAGAAAUCAAGGCGGAAGAGCCAAAGGACACCAGCACUGAUGACAGUUCCAAGGGAAAUGGUACCGAGAACGGUGAAGCAGAAACGUCCAAGGAGAGCCCUGAGCCUGCUGAACCGCCAACAGAAGAAAAGCGGGUUGAGAAUGGGGAUGACACUAAGCCUGGCAUUCCGGCAGAAAUCAAGCUGUACGAUAUCUUCUACGGCCAAGUGGUCAAUUUGAUCAGAACGCGCGCAUUGCCGAUUCAGGAUACGAUGGCGUUGUUGGUAUCACUUGUCAACCUGGCAUUGAAUGCCUAUCCAGAUCGGUUAGAGUAUGUCGACCAAGUCCUGGACUUUGCGACGCAAAAAACUACCGAGUACACUGAUCAUGCCGAUUUGCAUUCGGCGCCAACCCAACAACACAUUCUCCACCUUCUUAAUGCUCCUCUCAAGUCUUACAUCUCGAUCUUCACAGCUUUGGCGUUGCCCCAUUACCUGCCGCUACUGACCUCACAGUCAUACCCCACAAGGAGGGCUGUUGCGGGCGAGGUCAUUCGCAGUCUGUUGAAGAACAAGAUCUUGGUAUCCACAACGGAAAACCUCGAUCGUGUGCUCCAGGCGGCAAGAGUAUUGAUCAAGGAAGGCAUGCAGCAGUCUGCUGGAUACCCCGGGUCACAAUCCCAACGGCGGGGAGGAGAAACCGAGGAGACGGUCGAAGAACAAGGGUGGCUUGCGAGACUCGUCCACUUGAUUCAAGCAUCAGAUAAUGAUACCCAGCUAAAGCUUCUCCAAGCAACGCGCAAAGCAUUAGCCGAUGGUAACGAACGAAUUCGUUAUACCACCCCUGCAAUCAUAACGGCCUCGGUCCGACUGGCCCGUAAACUGAAGUUGCGCGAGCAUUACGACGACAAUUGGCAAUCCCAGUCAUCGGCUCUAUACCGAUUUAUGCACCAGAGCAUCAACAAUUUGUACCAACGCGUAAAUCCAGGUUGCGCCGACCUCGCACUGCGACUGUUUGUCAUGUGUGGUGAGGUUGCUGAUCAGACAGGAUUUGAGGAAGUCAGCUAUGAGUUCUUCGCGCAGGCAUUCACCAUCUAUGAAGAUGCGAUCAGUGACUCGCGCGCCCAGUUCCAAGCCGUCUGCAUUAUCUCAGGCGCCCUGCAUGGGAGUCGCGGAUUCUCCAAGGAGAACUAUGACACACUCAUCACCAAAGCUGCACUGCACGGAAGCAAACUUCUCAAGAAGCCCGAUCAAUGCCGCGCGCUCUACCGCGACGGCAAACGAGUCCUCGAGUGCCUCCAGCGCGCCCUCCGUGUGGCCGACGCCUGUAUGGACACCGCUGUCUCCGUCGAGCUCUUUGUGGAAAUUCUCAACCGCUAUGUCUACUAUUUCGACCAGCAGAACGAGACUGUCACUACCAAGUACCUGAAUGGUCUCAUCGAACUCAUUCACUCCAACCUGCAUACCAACGAAGAUGAGCAAAAUGCCAAUCUUGACGGCCCGAAGCGCCACUUCCAACGCACGCUGGAGUAUAUUCGCUCCCGCGAAUACGAAGGAAUUGUGACAGAUCCGCCAAAGUAA